CUGAUGCUACAUGAACGCAAUGUUUUCAUUUUAUUAUUUACAAACGAAAGUUUAAUUAAAAAUCAAAAUGAGUUCGGUACAAGAACGUUUACAACUAAAACGAGUGCCAUUAGACACAUGGAACGUUCGAGAACAAUUAUGUCUCGCGUCAGCUGUAGUGCGGAGCGGUGAUCAAAACUGGAUGUCUGUAUCCCGGGCUCUGAAAACUGUUGGCGAACCUAAUAGACCCCCGGACUGGUAUUCCCAAAAAAGUUGCGCAGCGCAGUACGGAGCACUAUUAGAACAUGUGGAAACUCCGAAACGCAAGAAACGGAACUCGGAAGGCGGUGUCGAGACGCCACAGGAGAGUAUCCUCAAACAACUCACUCAGCAACGGAUUCUUGAGAUACAGAGUACACUGAGCGAGAUGAACAACCAGUAUGAACAGUUGAAGAACGAAAUAGCAGAGGUGCGAAGCCAGACGACGCCCGACGACCGCGUGCAGGAGCUGUGGGCGGGGAUAGAGGCGGCGAAGCGCGCGCGGGAGCGCGACGCCGCGCGGCGCGCCGCCUGGCUCAAGGAGCGCGACGAGCGCCGCGCGCGCGCCGAGCGCACGUGGCGCCCCGCGCCGCCCGCCUCCGCCGCGCCGACAACAGCUCCGCCGUCCUCGCCGUUGCUCACUUCGCUGCUCAAGUCGUCGCCGGUGGUGACCACGCCGCAGCACAUACCGCACCCUGCGACCGUCGUCGAUUCCGUGUCUCCAUCGGCUGGUGCCCCGACGCUGUCCCUGUUGCUGGAACAGGCGCAGGACAGCAAGAACGCAGCCAUUGAACAUAUCAAGAGCCAACUCGUCCAGAUCGAACACCAGCUCAAAGCGAGCACGGCGGCGACGGCGGCGACGGCGGCGCCGGCCGUGGACAUCGACGACAUCGAGAUAAAGGCGGAGGACGUGUACGCGUUUCGCGACAUCGACAUAAACAUCCCGCCCGUGGCGGCGCUGCACAAGGCCGGCGUCCGAGUGGCCGAAAAGCCGAUACCGAAGAAAGAGAUCGAAGCUCCGGCGUCCGAACCGGAAGCGAUCGAAGAGCCUGCGGUAGAAGUCAAGGAGGAACCGGUUCCUGAGGCGAAGAUAGUGGACGACGCUAUGACGCCGGAUGUUAUGGAAAUGGUCGAAGAGCAAGAACCACAGAUACAAGAGGAGAUUAUACCAGAGCCCAAAGAAACGGAAGUGAAGGUAGCGUUUCCGGAAGUUAAAUUCCCAACUCUGGAAAUUAAGGUUAUACAGCUCGACGAGCACAAGGAUUCCCAGGUCAAAGAGGAAGUCAAGGAACCGGAACCGGAGCCGGAAAUUGAACCGGUGGCGGCUGAAACGAGAACAGAGAAUAUGGAAGAAGAUGAACAGGAGAUGUCUAAAGUUGAGGAGAAGAUCGUAGACGAACCAGAACCAAUUCAAGAACCGCCGGCUACAGUAGCCGAGGAAGCAGUAGAACCGCCACCAGCAGAACCUCAGCCUGAAGAAGAAGUUGUCCCAGACCCGCAGGACAUACCGCUGCCACCGGAAGUUCAGUCUAAGGAGGACGAAAAAGAAGCUCCAGAAGUAAUUCAACCACUGGAACCACAGCCAGAAGAACCAGCGAAAGUCCCCGAAGAAGUCGUAGAAGAAAAAGAUAAAAAAGAAGAAGAACCCGUCAUUGAAGAGGCCGAGAAGAAAGAAGAGGUUCCAGAAGAGAAUGUUGACGAGAAAUUGAUAGAAGAUAUCAAGAAGGAAGAAGAUGCUGAGGAUUCGAUUCCACUGAAAGAUAUGAUACGAGACGAACUGUCGCAAGAGGAAGUUAAGAGGGAGGGCUUGGAAGAGGACACACACACGGAAACAGACGACGACACUCCCAUGGAGCUCAGUCGCGAGGAAGAGAAAGAUGGAAAAAAGAAGAGAGACUACUCGAGGAAGAAGAAAUCUGAUUCUAGAACGUGUUCGGGCUCCGAGAGCGCCCCGGAGUCCCCGAGUGCGAGCGACGCCGAGAGACAGCACCGCCUGUGGAAGAAGAGCGUCAUGCUGGUGUACAGCCGACUGUGCGCACACAAGUACGCGUCCCUGUUCCUGCGGCCGAUCUCGGACGAGGAGGCCCCCGGGUACAGCGUGGUGGUCAAGCGGCCCAUGGACCUGUCCACCGUCAGGCGGAACAUCGACGCCGGUCACGUGAGGACUACGGCCGAGUUCCAGCGCGACGUGCUGCUGAUGCUGUCCAACGCGCUGCUCUACAACAGCAGCUCGCACAGCGUGUACGCGAUGGCGCGGGAGAUGCACGAAGACGCGCAGUGCCAGCUGGGCAUGCUGCUGGCGGCGCAGGCGCACGCGGGGCUGUGCGCGCCCCCCCGCCGCAAGCGCCGCCUCGACGCGCACGCGCACGCGCACGCGCCGCACAACAAGCACCACCGCGUGUGACCGACCAAUAUAUUCU